CGGAAAUGACGUAACGAGACAUCCGGCUCUGUCAAGGGCACCUAAACCUGUCGUUUACCAAAGCUAGCCGUGGCGAGCGGCACGUGCAGCGUGAAAAGCUCCCAGAAACCCGCAUUUUAAGCUAGUCCCCGGCAGAAAUGGACGGGUUUGGCUCAGACUUUUCAGCCGGAGGGGCUGGCGGCGGCAAAAUGGACACCGGAACCAUCAUGGAACAAGUUAAAGUCCAGAUCGCGGUGGCUAACGCUCAGGAGCUUCUGCAGAGAAUGACGGACAAAUGCUUCAAAAAGUGCAUCGGGAAACCUGGGAGCACCUUGGACAACUCUGAGCAGAAGUGCAUUGCCAUGUGCAUGGACCGGUACAUGGACGCCUGGAACACCGUUUCCAGGACCUACAACUCCAGACUGCAGAGGGAAAGAGCUCGUAUGUAGACGUCCCCUCGUCUUUCCCUCCCCCUCCGGGGCCGCUGGCAGCAAGGACCAGUGCAGCAGACUGCUGGGGUCACGGCCACGUGCACGCAGGCCACAUGCACGCGGGCAGCAGCACGGGUCAGCCUCCGCCUCCAUACCUCACACUCAGGCAAAGCCUGUGGACUCUGACCAAGACAGUGUCUCUGUGGACAUUUUUAUUUUUAUUUUCCAGGAACUGGUCACUAAUAAAGUUGUACAAUGUGUCUUAUGUGUAAGAAAUACAGUAACUG